CACGUGGUGGGGCCGGGAAGCCGCGGCCGCCGAGCGCCCGGGCGGCUGCCCCUGCUGGGCAGUGCUGCUCUGCGCUGCGCCGCGCUCGGUGCCUGCGCUCCCCACUCCGCGCUCCCCGCCAGCCGCCCCGGGGCGGGAGGCGCGCCUGGCGGCCGGCCGGCCGGCCAGACAAAGGAGGCGCGGCAGAGCCGGCGCGCGGGCGGACGGACCAUGGACUCCGAGCGCGAGCGGCCGGCCGCAGCCCUGAGGACCCGGCGCUCCCGGGCCCGGCCCUAGGCGCCCGGCCCCGCCGCCCGGGGCGCCCAGCUGGGAGAACGCGGAGCCCGCGCGGCGCGGAGGAGGCGGCGGCCGCCGAGCUAGAGGGGCGCCGCGGCGAACGGCGCGCGCGGCCCCCGGAGCCAUGGGCAAGUGCAGCGGGCGCUGCACGCUGGUCGCCUUCUGCUGCCUGCAGCUGGUGGCUGCGUUGGAGCGGCAGAUCUUUGACUUCCUGGGCUACCAGUGGGCUCCUAUCCUAGCCAACUUCCUGCACAUCAUGGCAGUUAUCCUGGGCAUCUUUGGUACCGUGCAGUACCGCUCCCGGUACCUCAUUCUGUAUGCAGCUUGGCUGGUGCUUUGGGUUGGCUGGAAUGCGUUUAUCAUCUGCUUCUACUUGGAGGUUGGACAGCUGUCCCAGGACCGGGACUUCAUCAUGACCUUCAACACAUCCCUGCACCGCUCCUGGUGGAUGGAGAACGGGCCAGGCUGCCUGGUGACACCUGUCCUGAACUCCCGCCUAGCCCUGGAGGACCAUCACGUCAUCUCGGUCACCGGCUGCCUGCUUGACUAUCCCUACAUUGAAGCACUCAGCAGUGCCCUGCAGAUCUUCCUGGCUUUGAUUUCAUCGGCGGUUUUGACUCCUAUGGAUACCAGGCGCCCCAGAAGACGUCGCAUUUACAACUGCAGCCUCUGUACACGGCGGGGUAGUAGCUUCUGCCCCACGACCACCCCCGCGGCUAGACUGACCGCCGCAGCCACGAGCUCCGGCCAAGAUGGCAGGCGUGCCCCCUGGCGGCUCGCUGACCGGACUGCAGCCUGGGUCGGCUUGAUAUGGGUCCGAAGCGGACUUGGACUUGGCGCUUAGCAGCCUGGAC